UAUUACACAUCGAUUCGCUUGACGUGUAACCGCCUACACAAGGUAUACUGUGUUUUUGUCGCUUUUAAAGAUAAUUUACCAUAUAUAAGCAAAGACAUUGGCGUAUUUGUACACGAAGUUUUUAUUUGGACACUGUGAAAUCGAUAUCAGAUAUUUGUGUAGGAGAUUUCACCAGUUAUAUCAGUGUUAUAUAUCGUAAACAAUUGGAUAUUUUGCUAAACUAUUAUGGCCGGAAAUUUAACAGAAAAAGAAAUCAUUGAACUAAAAGAUGCUUUUGCAAUUCUUGACAAAAACAACGAUGGUUUCAUCAAGAAAGCAGAAGUAAAAGAUAUACUCAUUUCAUCUGGUAAAGACGGCUCGAAUGAGGAAGUCAAACGAGUCAUUGCCGAGUUUGACACAGACGGUGAUGGGAUGAUAAACUUUGCGGAAUUUUUAAAUGUGAUGGCUAAAAACUAUACUAAUAGUGCAAUGGAAUCUGGGGGCUCAUUACAACACAUGUUUAAGAUAUUUGACAGAGACAACGACGGCUUUAUAACACGUUCAGAGAUGAAAAGAGCUUUAGAUGAGAUGGAUGGUGGACCAGUUCCACAUUCCGAGGUGGAGGGUAUGAUAAAGGAAGCGGAUCAAGAUGACGACGGAAAAGUAUCUUUUAGCGAAUUUGAAGCCGUGAUGAAAAAGAAAUAUCCCAAACAGUACUGCUAGCAGUUUAUAAUUGUAUUCUUCCUUACUAUAACGAUCCUGAAGUUAGAUGAUUUCUGUGAAAUCUGUUUGCCAUACCAUGUGAUCUCGUAAAGAGGCGACCGGUGUUACAUUUAUAAAAUAUUUUAAUGUUUGUUCUCUAAAACAUCACUUUAAUGUAUAUCUACUUCUUCUAUAUUCUGCUAGAAAAAAAAUGUAAACUGUUAUGACAACUAUCCGUCUGUAUUUUUUCCUCGUGUUGUAAAUGUAGUUUACAAAGUUAAAAUAACUAUUUUUCUUGUAAACCUGAGAUUGCAUUAUCGAAUUAUUAAUGAUAUCUUGAAGAGGGAUUUGUAAAUUCUGUAGUGUUUAAUUUAAGUGCCCCUAUACAGUUUCACUUAAAUGUGUGAAAUUGAAAUAACGACUGAGAGGAGAUUUAAUAACCACUAAAGCUUUAAGAAGGGGAUGCUGCUAAGACUUCACGAAAGUGUGAUGGGGGCGGGUAGCUGAAUAAACGAGUGCUUUUCCGUGUAUAAACCGUUAAAGUUGGGUCUCACGGUCGGUCAGCAAACAUUAGAUAAAUGACAAUAAACAGAACCAGACUCAACCCUAACUUCGUGUUAUUCAAGAUGUGUUUACAUUUUAUUUUGCUUUUUGUAUGACAGUCUCAUUUUAGGCGUAAAUGUUUACAGUGACAGUUCUCUAUAGUUGGAAGAGUAACGGUCUCACUGUAGUUGGAAGUGUAACCGUCUCACUGUAGUAGGAAAUGUAACAGUUUUUACUGUAGUCGAAAGUGUAACAGUCUCACUAUAGUCGUAAGUGUAACAGUUUUACUGUUCUGUAAGUUUCACUAUAGACAAAAGUGUAACAUUUUCUUUAUGUUCGCAAGUUGAACAGUUUCACUAUAGUCGGAAGUUAACAGUUUCACUACAUUUGUAACAGUCUAACUUUAGUCGUAAGUGUAACAGUUUUACUAUAGUCGUAAGUGUAACUGUUUCACUAUAGUCAAAAGUGUAGCAGUUUAUACUCGGAAGUGUAACAGUUUCACCACAUUCGUAAGCGUAACAGUCUAACUAUAGUCGUACAUGUAACAAGUUAAUUAUAUUAAUAAAGGUAACAGUUUCACUAUAAUCGGAAGUGUAACAUAAUCACUAUAUUUGAAAGUGUAUCAGUUUAACCACAGCCGUAAGUGUGACAGUCUCACUGCAGUCGGAAGUGUAACAGUUUUAUUAUAGUCGACCGUGUAACAGUCUCAAAAUAUAGUCGAAAGUGUGACAGUCUCACGGUUGUCACAAGUAAAACAGUAUCUCAUUAAAAUCAGAAGUGUAACAGUCUCACAGUUAUCACAGUAUAACAGUAUCUCAUUAAAGUGAGAAGGUAACAGUCUCGCAGUUGUCACAAGUAUAACAGUAUCUCAUUGAAGUCAGAAGCGUAACAGUCUCAUUAUAGUAGAAAGUAAGAUUGAACGAGAAGAUAAAAUGUUUCAAUAUUGAUUGUUUUUAUGUUGCCUUACUAAUGAAGUCUCAUGUUAUUAAAAUACAUAUGUACGCAGUUUUGUUAACCUGUGAAUAUUUGUUACGACUGAAAUAAAUAAAAAGAAAUUGUACAAAGCA